AUGUAUAACACGGAAAUGUCCAUAACGUGGGCUAUUUCAAUAGGCCUUUCAACAUUGUUAGCCUACUUCUUCAAGAAUCUCUACCGACAACGCAUGCUAGUAAAAACCCUCAUCAAACAAGGACUCCCAGUCGCACCCAACCACAACUUCCUCUUCGGCCACCUCCUCUACCUAAAACGUUUCAGCGAUGCCAUGCCCAAAGGAGCACACUUCCAAUACAUGUUCAGCGACAUCUACCAAGAAUCCUUCCAAGACGGCGGCGUCUUUUACCUCGACAUGUGGCCACUCAGCCCAUUAUUCCUCGCAGUAGUAUCGCCCACCACCGCAACAAGCGUGACGCAGACGAAUUCGAAAAUCUAUGCUAGGAAACCCGAUUUAUUGCCUAAGUUGUUUAAACCAUUGGCUGGAGGACCUAAUUUGUUUGAUAUGCCGGAGGUGGAGUGGAAACCGUGGAGAGCUACGUUUAGUAAGUGUUUUAGUAAUGAGCACUUCAUGUAUUUGGUGCCGGGGAUAGUUGAGCAGACUCUUGUUUAUUGCGAGACUCUGAGGCGGCAUGCCGAGAUGGGGGAUACGUUUUUUCUGGAUACGAUGACUAUUAGGUUUACGAUGGAUAUCAUUGGAAAGACGAUUUUGAAUUCCGAGCUCGGUGCUCAGAGAGGAUAUAAUCCUCUCGCUGAUUGUAUGAUCAGUCAGAUGAGAUGGCAGCAACCAAAUGGUGAUAUCAACCCGUUCAGUUUGAUCCACUUGCCGCGAUUCUUCAUGCAAUGGUUAAACGGCCGAAGAAUGGACUCAUACAUCGGCCCCGAACUAGACAAGCGAUUCCGCGAACAUCGUGCCAGUCCUCCCGACUCCAAAAAGAACAAAGCAAUCAUCGACCUACUCCUCCAAGCAUACAGCCCAAACUCAGAAGCGACUCCUAACCAGGAAGAAACAAUGGACCCAGAGUUCCGGUUAUUCGCCAUAAGACAAAUCCGAAUGUUCGUCUUUGCCGGACAUGAUUCCACAUCAAGCGCUAUAACCUACUGUUUCCAUCUCUUGUCCAGACAUCCAAAAGCACUUCAACGAUUGCGAGCGGAACAUGAUGAAACGUAUGGGAUGGAUAUCUCAUCUGUCGCUUCGAAACUUUUAGCGAAUCCGGCACUGGCGAAUGGACUGCUUUAUACGACUGCUGUUAUCAAAGAAGCACUGCGAUUAUUCCCGCCUGCGAGCUCUAGUCGGCAAGGCACUACCGGUGUCGAGAUUACCGAUGACAGAGGUAUGGUAUGUCCGACCGAAGGUGCCGUGGUAUGGGUGAACCAUCAAGCCAUGCACCGAGCUCCAAAAUACUGGGUGCGUCCCGAUGACUUCCUUCCUGAACGAUGGCUGGUAAGUCCAGACCAUGAGCUGUAUCCCAUGAAAGGCGCUUGGCGGCCUUUUGAGAAUGGACCUAGGAAUUGUAUUGGGCAGGGCUUGGUUAUGAUGGAGUUGCGAAUCGUUUUGAGUCUUACGGUUAGAGAGUUUUUGUUUGAGGAUGCUUAUGAGGAGUUUGAUGCGAGAGGUGGGAGGAAGGGGAUUAAAAAUUAUAAGGGGGAGAGAGCUUUUCAGAUUGAUGAGGGGGCUGCUCAUCCUGCGGAAUAUUAUCCUUGUAAGGUGAAGCUUAAUGUGUAG